GGCCGGAUGUAAGGUAUAAUUUGUGUAUGCAAUUUUAUUUAAAGAAAAACAAAGAAAGAAUUUAAGAAAACAAUAAUGUGAAACCUUUUUUUGGAAAUUAGAGUCAAAAGAAACAAUUGGAUGAAAAAACAAUUUCUCUGUGAAUGAACCUUUAGAUAUCCCACCCUCACCGGCGUCGAUGUCUGCGACCGUCGUCGCUCCCCGACGCCGUCUGCUCGGUUACGUCUCGCCGUUAUCUCGAAGAUUCCGAUCACACGCUGCGUUGGAAGCCUUAGCGAAAGCUUCGGAAGCCAAAACUCCGAAUCUCAUUCUCUACAAUUACCCCUCAUUCUCCGGAGCUUUCUCUGCUCUCUUCGCUCACCUCUGUCACGACCGUCUCAACCUGCCUCACCUCGUCUUGCCUUUCUCUUCCGUCGAACCUCUUCGGGUUGAAGAUUUGUGUGUUGAUGGCCUUGAGAAAUGCUACUUUCUCGAUUUUAUUGGACCCAAAGGGCUGGCUUUGGAGCUUUCUAGGCGAACAUCAUGCCAGGUCUUGGCUUUUGAUCACCGAAAGUCAGUGCUUUCCAGUGUCCCUUCCAAGGAAGAAUGGGGUGAGAGUCUCAAGUUUCAUGUCAAUCUCGAGAAGAGCAGUGCUUGUGCUGCGUAUGAUUAUUUUUCUUCUCAACUUUUAGAGACCGGCUCUAGUGAUGCGAGUGAGGAUUCUAUUUGCUUGCUAAAUGGUGAAGUCCGAGACCAAAUGGAAAUGGUUUUGAAAUACAUUGAGGAUGGAGAUCUUCGUAAAUGGAGUUUGCCAGAUGUUAGAGCUUUCAAUUUAGCACUCCGUGAGUGGCGUUCGAAAUUGAAUUGCAUCACUAACCCCCACAUGUAUGAACAGCUAAUCAAGAUGAGAGCUGUGGAUUUAAUUUGCAAAGGCAAUUCUUAUAUGUCCAGUAGACAAAAUGCUGCAAAUCAGUUGCUCGACAAGGUUUUCAAAAUUCAGUUGGGCAGGGGACUGUAUGGCUCAUGUCUGGGAGUUAGAGCUGAUGGGAACUCAGAUUUAAGUGAUGAAAUUGGGAAGGAACUCAGUAGGAAGAGUGCAGCUGCUGGACUGAGGCCAAUAGGAGCUGUAAUCUUCAUGCAACGGAAUAAUCUUAAAAUGUGUCUAAGGAGUACUGAUGGGAACACUGAUACUUCUGAAGUAUCAAUGGCAUAUGGUGGAGGCGGCUCUCCAAGCUCAAGCUCGUUCAUAAUUAGGAUGGAUGAGUUGAAUCAUUGGCUUGCAGUGAACAAAAGGGUGGCAAAUGAUGGAAAUGAGAAAAAUUGACGCUUCAGGUACUCUACAUGUCAACCGGCUAAUACACUUGUGUUGGUGAAAAAAAAUGUGUAAUCCUUCAUACUUAUAAUCCUUAACAGUGAAAUUAUGAGAUGGUCCUUUGUUGCCCAUCCAUUUGAGCUAAGGUGUCACCUAAACGUUUUUGCUAUAUUAGUGAUGAAGUUCAUUGUUUU